ACGUCCUGCGCGUCCUCAGCCUGACGCAGGCGCGCCUUUGUCGGCCCCUUUUGCGGUGCCCAUUGGCUCGGCGGCAGCACGUCCCUCCCUCCGGAAGUGCGGACAUUUCCACUUGGACCCGGUGGACGCGGCAGUUCGGGACCCCAGCCUGGGAGGAUGGUGUGUAUCCCUUGCAUCGUCAUUCCAGUUCUGCUCUGGAUCUACAAGAAGUUCCUGGAGCCGUACAUAUACCCUCUGCUCUCCCCCUUUGUUAGUCGCAUGUGGCCUAGUAAAGCCCUCCGAGAAUCCCACGACAAAAACAAAGGCCAAGUAGACUGCAAGGGUGCAGACAUGAAUGGAUUACCAACAAAAGGACCAAUGGAAAUCUCUGAUAAAAAGAAAGACUAAAGUGCUUGUCCCAAAGGAUCGCAUUGUUUAAAAAUGGACCUGAUAAUAUGAAGCACCUUGCUUGUAAUUGUCUCUGACCUUUUUCUCUGAGACCAGGAUUCCGGAUAGAUAGCUUAGCUGCUUACCUGAUACUAAUCAGGAAAUACGUGAUAUUUGUAUUUAAGAUGUGUUUAGUGAGUUAUAUUUAAUGAUCUCAUUCCUGAGUUCCUUUUUCAUUAAAGUAGCUUUAAUUUCUCUUAUUACAGUUACGAAGAAAUAAAAGGGUUGUGCCUGUAGACACGGCUACUAAAUCAGUACUCAUAAAUCCUUGGGCCUCUAGCUUUUGUUCAGGCUCUUUGAAUUUGAACACAGCACGAUGUUACUGUGAAACAGUGCAGUGAGACUGUGCAGUGAAAGGGAAGAGUGUUUGGAGGGAUGAUGAGGACUUAAAGAUAUAAUUACUGUCUAAUACAACGGAGAAGCUUACUCAGGAGGAUAGCAAUUACUGCUUAUGGCUCUGAGAAAAUAGAAAAGACAGGGAAAUUGGGGAGACGCCUUUGAGAAACGGAAUACCUUUUACAGAAAUGUCUAAUACACACUAAUUCUAAUCCUUGUUGCAUUCCUUCUAUUCUUACGAAGUAUAUUAAAUAUUCUGUUUAGCGUG